AUGGCGCCGAGGGCGAAGGCGGGGGACAAGCAAGGGUCGGAGCUGAGUGCCGGUGGCGAAUACACGUUGAGAGAUGUGCAAAUAGGUGCCAAGUUGUUCGUCGAAAAGACGAAUCCGGACAAUGGAGAAGACGAGCAGCGACUGGCCGAGGUGUUGUCGAUCCGAGAGCGACGUCAGAACCGUCUACAUAUGUUACAGGCGAUGCAAGAGCGUGGUGAUGAAUGCAUCGAGGAGAAGGAGCCUGAGAUCGACUUUUAUGUGCACUACUGCGACUUUAACAAGCGUCUCGACGAAUGGGUACCCUCGACGCGGCUUGUCCUGUCGCGCGAGAUGGAGUGGCCCAAGCCGCCCGAGCCUGCGACGAACAAGCAUACGAAGCGCAAGGUCGUGCAGGGUGUGCGCUCGGUGCAGACCACACCGACGCCCGGCACGUCGCCGAGCGCGAGUGUUGAGGACGUGAAAGAGGAGGAGACCUUUAGCAAGGAGAAAGAGGUCGAGAAGCUGCGCACCUCGGGCUCCAUGACGCAGUGUGCGAGUGAAAUAUCGCGCGUGAAGAACCUUAAUAUGCUGCAAAUGGGCAAGCACCAGAUCGAGGCGUGGUAUUUUAGCCCCUACCCGAUGGAGUAUGCCUACAUCGACUGCCUGUAUGUGUGCGAGAUGUGUCUAUCGUACUAUCCGUCUGAAUUUAUGCUCAAACGCCACCGGCACAAGUGCACGAUGCUGCACCCACCCGGCAACGAGAUAUAUCGGUGCGACGACAUUAGUUUUUUUGAGAUCGAUGGCCGCCGCCAAAAGACAUGGUGCCGCAACCUGUGUUUGCUCAGCAAGUGCUUCCUGGACCACAAGACGCUGUACUAUGACGUGGAUCCGUUCCUCUACUACAUCAUGUGCCAGCGGGAUAAUGCCGGGUGCCACUUGAUCGGCUACUUUUCUAAGGAGAAGGAGAGCGCCGAGGGCUACAACGUUGCCUGUAUUCUGACGCUGCCGCAGCACCAGCGCAGUGGCUUUGGGCGCCUUCUCAUCGAGUUUUCGUACGAACUGUCCAAGCGCGAGAACAAGCUCGGCAGUCCAGAGAAGCCCCUCUCGGACCUGGGACUGCUCGGCUACCGAGCCUACUGGUCCGAGACCAUUGUGGAGCUGCUGCUCCAGACGGACGAGGACAUUAGUAUUGACGAGAUUGCCACCAAGACCUCGAUUGUGCAUGCGGACGUGCUGCAGACGUGUCAGGCGCUGAAUAUGCUCAAGCAGUACCAGGGCAAGCACUACCUUGUCCUGUCCGAUGCGAUCAUCGAGAAGCAUGAGCGUCAAAUGAAGAAAAAGCGUCGGCGAAUCCAUCCAGAGCAUCUGAACUGGAAACCGCCGGUGUUUACGCGCGACCAGCUUCGCUUUGGCUGGUAG